AUGCCUUCCAAAGAUCAGAAGAAGCUGGAUCAAAGCAUUUUGAAGCUCAAGCGUGUGCUAGCGAUUAGAGAUGUGGUGGAAAAGUUUGUUGCGGAGUACAACCAUGAGCGGGAUGCCAAUCAAGUGUCCGUCCGCCUUGAAUCCCUCGACAAGAUUAACAAGGAGUUUCAUCAUGCCCAGGGCGAAAUGGAGAUGAUUGACAGCGACCAUUUUGAGGAGCACAUUGAGGUGCGGACUGCUUUCGAAAAUAGAUACUGUGUGCUCAAGGGAUUCCUUCUUUCGAAGCAGAAAAGCAAUCAACCGAUGAUGAGUUCAACGAUGAUCGGCAGCUUCGGUCAGCAAUCUGCUGCUAGCUUCCAUCAUCGGCUACCGAAGAUAGACCUUCCUAAGUUCAGUGGCGAUGAAUCAAGAUGGAUAUCAUUUAGGGACAACUUCAUUUCGAUGAUCCACAGCAACGACGAUAUACCGACUGUAAACAAACUUCACUACCUUUUGCAGUCGCUUGAAGAAGAGGCCAAGAAACCAUUUGAAAGCGUGGAUAUUCAAGCGGACAACUAUGCAUCGACGUGGGAUGCGUUGUUAAAGCGGUAUGACAACAAGCGGUUCCUAAAAAAAGAACUGUUUCGAGGCUUGUUCGAUCUACCAGUAAUGAACAAGGAAUCCGCCGCCGAUCUCAACACAUUAGUAGACGAGUUUCAGCGUCGUGUGAAGGCUCUGGCCAAGCUGGGGGAGCCUGUAAUCCACUGGGAUACUCCACUUAUCUUCAUUCUUUCUAAGAAGCUAGAUGCCUCAACGCUUCGUGCCUGGGAGCACGAGACUCGCCAGAAAGACGAAGUGAGGUACGACGAACUGAUCGACUUUCUCUCGCAGCACAUUCGUAUGCUGAAGUCGGUAGCCAGUGACUUACAGCAACGAUCUCUGUCGACUAGCAUCAAGGUGGCCGGACCUUCAACCAAGAAAACUCCUGCGUUCAAAUCCGUGGCAAACCCAGCCACCGCUGAAGUUAUAUCAAAUGUUCAACUAUGCCCUGCAUGCAGCCAAAACCACCAGUUACAUCAGUGUCCGACCUUUAAUGAGCUGUCCAUAUCCCAACGACGAGAGUUCGUAGUCCAGCGGAGCUUGUGUCGGAACUGUUUUCGGCUUGGCCAUCAAGCACGAGUUUGCAGAUCUAGAUUCAGUUGCCGAACUUGUCAGGCCAGGCAUCAUACUAUGCUGCACGAGAACGUAGCAGUCUCAAAUUCGACCACCACUCCUAUCGAAACGUCGACUAUUUCUGCACAGCAACCUAACCUAUCCACACCAGUGAUUGCUGGUACCUCUGGAUCUGCGCAUCCACCGGAAGUCAGCAUGGCUAUCCAAUCGAAGCACAGCACAGUCUUAUUGGAAACGGUUUCGCUUUUCAUUGUCGACUAUAACGGCAGAAGAUUUCCGGUUCGAGCGCUUUUGGACUCCGCAUCGAUGUCCAAUUUUAUUACGAAAAGUUGGCAAACGAUCUCGGCAUCCGCCGAACUAGCGUAG